AUGCAGAGCUUCCUGCAGCUGCUGCGGGAGGGCGGGGGCGCCGGCACGCCCGUGGAGGAGCUGGUGAGCCUGGCCGGCAGGCUGUGCCAGGACCUGCGGGACGACCUGGCCCGGGCGCGGCCCCUGGUCACGGCCGUGCUGGAGAGCCAGCUCCGCCUGCGCCUCCUGGACAACAAGGAUGUGGCCCUGGUGUGCGCCCGCGUGCUGGCCCAGCAGGAGCAGCACCAGGCCGCCUGCCGGCUGCUGGAGGGGUGCUGGGUGCCGGGAGGCAGCCAGGAGCUGGUGCAGCUCUGGAACGACAUCCACUACCACUUGGCCAUGAAGAGGCUGGGCGUGGCCACGCUGACCUCCGUGCAGAAGUUCCGCUGCAGGAAGAGGAACCCACCGCCCCCCUCCCUCUGCCCUGACGGACUGAAGAGCCGCAACUUCCCCAGGGAUGUCCGCCAGAAGCUGCAGAGCUUCGCCUCAGGCGUGAGCAGCAGCCCCAGCAAGGCCGAGCGGGAGGCCCUGGCCGCGGAGACCAGCCUGUCCGUGGAGCAGGUCUACAACUGGUUUGCCAACUACCGUCGGCGCCAGAGGGCGAGUCUCCAGCGUUCGGAACCGGAGCCCUCAGGCCUCCGCCACCCCGGGCUCGGGGGCGCGCACCCGCCUCCGUGGGCAGGAGGCGAGGACCACGGGCCGGCACGGACCCUGGUGACGACGCAGGGGCUGUGGCAGCCUCCGGUCCUGGCCCCUGACGUUCCUGGAGACGAGACGGAGCCCGAAUCGCUGGCUCCCAGCUCCCUGCAGGACGGCGAGAUGUACCCGGAGGGACCUGGCCGCAACUCGUCCACUCUCCCCGCCACCUGCCCUGACCCUGGCCUCGGGGGGCUGGCUGCCUGCAGCGACUUCCUGGACCCUCCCACCGCCCCUGAACCGUGGCUGGUGUCCCUCACACUGGCACCCCCCGGGGACGCCUCCGCUCCGACCGCACCGCUGGUGCCCGGCCACGGGCUGCGCUUCUGGAUGCCCCCUUCAGACGCCUCUCUGUCCAUGUCUAUCGCUACGCUCGCCGAGCCCAGCUCCACCGGGUUCCCUGACCCGCCCAGCAGCCACCCCCAGAGCACAUUCCUGGAGGAGGGUCCUGGCACCAGCGUCAGCCAUGCAGGACAGGCGGGCAGCUUACUGGUGACUCCGCUCCCACCACAUGCUCCGGAGCUGGUCCUGCCCCAGAGCGCCCCUGAGCUGGCUCCUGCCCCAUCGGCCUUUCCGGGGCCUGUGCCCGCUGGACAGCUGAUCGAGCCCCUGCCGUCCAGCCAGGUGCCGUGGCCCGACCGUCAGGCCUCUGGCGACGCCUUCUGGGUGGCCAGCAUGCUCCUGGAGCUCGCGGGGGGCAACCUGGGCUGA